GCAUUUAGUAUAUAUGCUAGAGAUGGUUGUUUCAUACUCGGAUGUGUUUAUAGUAGCAUAAUACUGCUCCUCCUAAUCAUUGAUAAAGAUGAUUAUAUCAAAGGUCAAAUUGCAAAAUACCUUUCUUACCGUCCAUAGUCCAGAAGCGGACAAAGACGAUGAAUGCCAGUUAUAUAAGUCACUCUCAAUGCCUCCAGCCAAAGAAAAGCUGCAUGAGUGCUACAUUUACAACAUCCCGAGCUUCACCAACCAAAACGGUUGCAAGCUUUCACUCACCACGUCAGACCGAUCAACAGCUGACGGUUGUUCAAUGAAGCAAUGUUCAGCAGGGUCUCCCAGCGAGGAUGCGAACAAUGAUUCUGCCCUCAAUCCGGAACAAUUCAUCCCAGUUGAUGAGAAUGGAAAUUUGACAUCUAUUGGAUCCAUCCAUCACAACACCGGCAACUGCAAACCCUGUGCAUUUCACCGCCAUCGCACCAAAGUUUGUGAGAAUGGUACACGUUGCGCGUUUUGUCACUUUGAGCAUGCCAAAAAACGGUCCAAAAGUUCCAAGAAUAAUAACAACUAUCGCUGCUAGUGGAAAAUCACUAAGAAAUUACGCUGUGCAAUGACCCAUCGUAAUUUUUCACACACG